AUGAGUGAUCACUGCGAAUGUUUGUUUAAUCAUGAAGCUGCAAUGAGGCGUUUGUUAUCUCUGCUUAGAGAUUCACAAGGCUACUGCACUGAUUCAGAAUGUCUUCGUGAGGGUCCCGGGUUAGAAGGCAAUGGACUAUUACAAGGCAAUAAUCUUUUGUUAAUACUCCUUAUAUGGGGUGUUUUGGCAUUGGCUUUAUACUAUCUACGACCUAAUUCAAUGCGUAAUAGACAACCGGAAUCGUUUGAAAAACCUGGUCCUGGGCCCAGAAAUAACGGCGGAGGCCCACCUGCCCCACAAAUCCAUUGA